AUGUUGCUGGGAGUGCCUGGUAAUGCCCUGGUCGUGUGGGUGACGGGCUUCUGCAUGCCCCGUUCGGUCACAUCACUUUGGUUCUUAAAUCUGGCCCUGGCUGACCUCCUAUGCUGCCUGUCUCUGCCUCUUCUCAUGGUGCCCCUCGCCCACGAUGACCAUUGGCCCUUUGGCCCUUUGGCUUGCACCCUGAUUAAAGGCCUUUUCUACCUGGUCAUGUACAGCAGCGUGCUCCAGCUCGUCGUCAUCAGUUUGGACCGCUACUUUCUGGUGACCAAGCCCGUGUGGUGCCAAAAUAGGAGACGGCCCAAGCAAGCUGCGUGGAUGUGCGUGCUUGUCUGGUGCGUCUCUCUGAUUGUCAGCACGCCGCAGUUUAUAUUCUACAAAGAAGUAGAAGCAGGACUGAAAAAGCGAGAGUGUGCCACAGUGUUUAAGACAAAAGCCUCGUCGUUGAUUGUUUUUUCUUUCCGUUUUCUCCUUGGGUUUGCUCUGCCUUUCUUGGUCAUCACGCUGUGCCAUUGGUGCGUGUACAGGCGCGCAGACAGCAGCCGUGCAGGGAUGCGCUCCAAACGCACGCUCAAGAUAAUACUAGCAGUGAUAAUCAGCUUUUUUUUCUGCUGGAUCCCCCUUCACGUUGUGGACUUUAUUCUCCUGCGCACGCCGCGCUUCUCUCCAGACAGGCCCAAGGUGUUCUUUGCGCACACGCUUGCACUUUGUUUGGCCUAUGUGAACAGCUGCCUGAACCCGCUGCUGUAUGUUUGCCUGGGACGUGGAUUUAAAAGCAAAAUGAACAGCUCCAUUCGUGCUGUUCUGCACUUUGCAACUGAGGAACCGCUGAACAGGACGAGCGUCACUAAUAAUACUGAGUCCAGGAGCACGAGUGUCAAAGAGAUGACUAAGAUAUGA